AUGAGGUUCAGAACAGCUAUUUCCAAUGUCGGCUUACUCCAUAAGAUCACUCGAUCUCUAGCUGCUUUAGCUAGAUCAUGCGUGAUUCGAUUAUCACCCGAACAAGUUCAUUUUAUCGUACCAGGAAAUGAAAGUUCAACUGGUGUGCAAGUAUGGUCACAGGUCAAAGUGUCAACCCUUUUCGACGCAUACAAGAUCGAGUCGAAUGCGAAUAACGAGAUAUGGUUGGAACUUCACCUGGACUCAUUAUUGAAAGUAUUGAGAAGCGCAGAUAGCUCAGUUGGAAGCGUAAAUGAAUCUAGAAAUACUGCUUCGUUAACGGAAUCAGAUGUGACACUUAAAUUGAACAAAAAAGGUCAACAACCAAUUUGGGCAUUUGAAAUUCGUGGAUAUACAGCACAAAGAAAACCAAUGUCAAUCACUCAUGAGAUACCGGUAAAAAUCCUCUCCCCCAAAAGACAAGCUGAGUUGAAUGAACCACUAUGUCCACAACCCGAUAUUCAUGUCGUAUUACCCAAUCUACUAGAAUUGAGAAAUAUAGUAUCGCGUUUGAGUCACGUAGCGGAUGAUGUGAAAGUUUCAGCCAAUCAUGAUGGAACGCUGGAAUUGACGGCGAAAUCAUCAAGAGUUAACUUGACGACUACCUGGAAAAAUUUGAGUGUACCUACUGCUACAUCAAAUGACGAUAGUAACCCCCCGCCUCCGCCCAAUCAGAUGUUCACGACCUCAGUAUCAAUCAAAGGACUGCUAAAAUUCCUUACAUCGCAUUUGGUUGGAGGUACAGCAAUCGCUUGUAUCUGUGAAGAUCACUGCCUCAUUGCAUACGUCUAUAUAGGAGAACUGAAUGAAGCUGGAGGAGUUUUAACAUUCUUCAUCCCUGCUAAAAUGACCGAUGAUUAG